GUUCUGAUUGAGGAAAUGGCUGGAAAAUGAUUGAAUUGGCGUGAUAGUUGAGUUGUGAAUAAGUCUAGUGUUCCUAGUUUGUGUUUAGUAUUUUAAUUAUUUCUGAGUUUUGUUUUAGGGUCUUUCAUUUUGUAGUUUGAGUCUUUGUUUUCAUAUUAGUUUUCCCUGCCGAGGAGGGCAAUUUCUUUGUAAAUAGUCAUUGUUAAUUUUGAUUUGUAAACACUUAUUUCUUUUGCUGCUUUUAGGAUUCAUUAAGUUGUUUCUAGGAUUGCUUAGGUUCUUUUCUUUUCAUUGUUUUUGUAAAUAGAGUUUGUACUAGUUUUCUUCUUCUAUUUUUUUGUUUUUCUACCUUCAAUUUUCUGCUUUAAUUCCUUAGACCCUUCUUUGUUCAUUGCUUCUGUAAAGGUUAUUUCCUUUCUAGGUUAUGUUUUAAGCUGCCAUUAGGAAUUGUUUUUCCUUUCAUCUUCCUGUUUCUAUUAUUAGGAUUUGCAUAGGUUUAUAGUUACUUCUUUUCUUAUCUUCUUCCCUUUUCCUUUUGUUGUUUUCUUUCGUAGAACUUUGGUUUAAGAGUUGUUUUAGGUUCUUUUAUCCAGUCUUAGCUUGUAUAGGUUGUAUAUAGUUUAGGAGAUGAUGUUAGACAUUUCUAGGUUCAUCUUAGGUUCUGUUUCAUACUCUCAUUCAUUCUUUGCUUAUUUAACUCAUUUCUUAGUUUCAUUUCUUUUGAUUAGAACUGUUAGUUGUGUUUUCUGCUUUAGAGUCAUGUAGAAGUAGUCUUAGCAUUAAGUUUUUGCAUCUNAGUUCAGUCCUGGCUGAAUUAAGUUGUUUUUCAAAUGCUGGGACUGCUGAAACUGAUGUUUAAAGUUGAGAAAUAUGAUUGUUCAGUUCUGAUUGGGGAAAUGGCUGGAAAAUGAUUUAAUUAGCAUGAGAGGUUGAGUUGUUAAUAAAUCUAGUGUUCCUAGUUUGUGUUUAGUCUUUUAAUUGUUUCUGAGUUUUGUUUAGGGUCUUUCAUUUUGUAUUUUGAGUCUUUGUUUUCAUUUUAGUUUUCCCUGCCAUUGAGUGCUUACAGGCUGUCAGGUUUUCUCAUUCUCUGAAAAACAAUUGAUGCAUGAUGUAAUCUUUCCGAGUCACUUUACACACGUCCACUUUAGGAACUGUUAGGCUGUAGUAAUGCUUUUACUUGAAAAGCAUAGUAGACACAACAUACUUUUGAUUAAUACAGACUCUUCUCUAAUUUCUUCCUUACCUAUUUGAAAAUCUUGAGAUUAUGUAUUUUAUUAUUUUUAUCUGAUACCUUGUUGAUUUUCUAUUAUAUAUGAUAAAUAGAAGACAAGUGACUUUUCUUUUUNUCGUCAGUAAUGUUGAUUUAUGUAUUCCGUUAUUUAAAAUGAUAGUAUUAAUUUUUGUUUUCUCCAUUCUGGUUUAGAUAAAUUGUGUAUUGUGGCCAUUGUGCUUUAUUUUUUUUAUGUAUCCUAAUAGUAUAUUAUUAUUUAUUAAUUGCUAGUUAUUGCCCUGGGUAUGCUGACAACCUAAGCUCUAGAGUGCCCGGACUUUGCUUUUUAGUAUAGGGUUCAAAUCUCCUACUGCGACCACCUUGUGUCCAGGGUACCAUCCUUGAAAGGGGUUUAACUCUACACCUUAAUAGUUUGGAGGCGCCUUGCGCUAUUCUCUAGAAUUGUUUUGUAGGAUUUUAUUUUCUUGAAGAUUUUUUCAAAGUGAUAAUAUGGUAACUCAUCAUAUAUUUCAAAUCCUAUGAAUAUGCUUCUGUAGUUUGCAAUUUUCCAAGUUUCUGGUAUAUCUAUUUUAAUGCGUUCUGUCAUUUUAUGUUUUUAAAUAUGAAUGAGAAAAUACUGUUUACUCAAUAACAUAUGUUGACCUCUAUUGCUUGAAAGAGUUAUAUGGUGUUGCUGCAAAAUUUGAGUUUAUACUAUUAAAAUGUUUCUUUAUUUUGCUGCUUUUACUGUUAGUACUCUCAACUUUUUUUCAUUAGUAAAUGAUACUUUUAAUUGACUCUUCAAAAUCUGCUCCCUCUCCAGAUUUAUUAUUAUAUCUCAUCGAAGAUGGUUGCAAUCUGAAGAUAUUAUACUGGUUAAAUUUUUACUUGAUGUUAUCGAUUGCUCUCAUGGUGUGCCAUUUUUGGAUGCCUCAUUCAAUUUGUAAAGAAAAAUCUACUGGGAUUAAUAUGAGAUUUUCCACAGAAAGAAGUUCCAGUGAAUUACAGACAGUGGCUUUUGAGAUGCUCAGUGAAGCAAUCUCAAGAGCUGGUUCAUCCUUCCCUGUUGACAUUUGGAGAUCAAUUCUGGAGGUGUUCAGGAAAACAAUGGACGUCUUGGCAUUAAAGCCCCCUGUUGUGGAAGAUAGCGCUAUGUCCAGGUUUUACGAAUCUUUUCUGUGCUGUCUACAUCUUAUCCUCAUUGAUCCAAAAUGUGCAGUUCCGGAUCAUGUGUCAGUUUUUGUUGCUGUUCUGCGAAUGUUAGAUAGUGAGUCUUCUACUAUUAAUGUCACGUCUUCAGAUUCAGAGUUUAGUGAUGGAGAUGGAUCAGCUAAUGAUNGUGGCAGAGUGCAGAACUCAAGGGUUAGAGUAGCUGCCAUAACUUGCAUACAGGAGUUGGAGGGACAUGGAACUCAAGUUUUGGAUAUUGAGUUGUGCAUAUGACAGGAAAGUGGUUGAGAAAACAGUCGUGGCAGUUAGGAUAGGAGAAAACGUUGGGAAGCUGAAGAAUGAAGGGCUACCUUCAGAAUUUUGGUCUUGGAGGAAAUAUGGACAAAAAUAAACCAAAGGGUCUCCAUAUCCAAGAUUUUUGGAGUUUUCAAGAUUGUCGUAAUUCCUCUGUCGGGUGAACUUUCAAAUGAGCAUGCUUCGAAACCGUUUUUGCUCCUUUUUAUCAUCUUCACGUAUGAUCUGGUUAAAGAAAAGCGUGCAGAACUUGAAAAAUUAAAAUCUACUUUUGUCAGGAGAGCAUCUGAAUUCUUGAGAAAUUAUUUUGCUAGCUUGGUGGACUUCAUGAUAAGUGAUAAAAGCUACUUUUCUACAUAUUUGUUAUAGAAUUGUUAUCCCUGGAGUCUUUUGAUUGAAUUUAUUGGUAUAAUUUUUUCCGCUUGCUCGAAACAGCGAGGACAGUUAAAGAGGCCUGAUCAUGCUGACCUGCGGUACAAGUGCAGGACAUAUGCACGUCUUCUGCAACAUUUGAAGAGUCUUGACAAGAAUUGCUUGGGUCCGCUGAGAAAAGCUUAUUGCAGUUCUCUAAACUUGCUUCUUCGUAGGGAGUAUAAAGGAUGAGUGUGAGCGUGAACCUGUGAUACAAACAGCAGCCUUAGCACCUCUUGUGGACGUUGUAAAAUUGCAAGGAGGUUUGAUUAAUGACAAAUAUCAAGCAUGACAAAAAGGGAGUUUCUUUUAUAUCAAAGGCUUCUAAUAUGUUUAAAUUGUGUUGUAUGGCCUGCAAUUGAUAGAAUUAUAAUUGUUUGAUGUGCUGAACUAGUAGAAUUGUUUGUGCAGUAUCAGUUGAGACGUUAUUUGAGAGCAAUAAGGAUCAAUUCUGUGCAUCAAGUUUACAAGAUCGAGAAACGGAAGUUCUAAUUGCUUUAUCUUUUUGUGCAAACUGGUUUGGUUAAGGGUGUAAAUGACAACAGCUUUGUUCAUUUGUGUUGCAGGAUUGGAACAUCAAGCUUCAUGAUGAGAUCGAGCUAGUUGAAGGCCACAUUUUGAUCCAGUGAAGCAUUGCAGCAGUGGACUGUACCAAGAAAGUAGCGUAGCUCUUGUUUUUUAUUUUCCUUGUAUUUGAUUUGUAAUGGGCUUGUGUCAACCCACUGUUACUCUUAGUUUUAGCUUUGGUUUGUAAAA